GCUUGAUCAACAUUUUCGUGCUAUUGGGGAAAGGUCGGAGUCCCACGCAGUUGCAAAGUUCUCAUCCUGUGCCUAACACUAGGAAGACUGUUAUGUGGGGAAGAGGCUCUCUGUGAAAGCCACUGCCCUGUCUGAAUAUUGUGAAGACUUCACCCAAGCUUUGAAUAUUGUGAAGACUUCACCCAAGCUUUGUAAGCAGCUGAGAGAUUGGUGCUUCUUAUGCACUCCAGCACCCCUAUUAGCUCAUUGUUCUCCUUCACCAGCCCAGCAGUGAAAAGACUGCUGGGCUGGAAGCAAGGAGAUGAAGAGGAAAAGUGGGCGGAGAAGGCUGUAGAUUCCCUGGUGAAGAAACUGAAGAAGAAGAAAGGUGCCAUGGAAGAGCUUGAGAGGGCUCUGAGCUGUCCUGGCCAGCCCAGCAAGUGUGUCACAAUCCCACGCUCCUUGGACGGGAGGCUGCAGGUGUCCCAUCGCAAGGGGCUGCCCCAUGUCAUCUAUUGCAGAGUGUGGCGUUGGCCUGAUUUACAGUCUCACCAUGAAUUGAAACCACUGGAAUGUUGCGAGUUUCCAUUUGGCUCGAAGCAGAAAGAAGUGUGCAUCAACCCCUACCAUUACAGACGGGUGGAGACCCCAGUGUUGCCUCCAGUAUUGGUUCCAAGACACAGUGAGUUUAACCCGCACCUCAGCCUCCUUGCCAAGUUCCGGAGUGCUUCCCUCCACAGUGAGCCUCUGAUGCCACAUAAUGCCACUUAUCCUGAUUCUUUCCAGCAGACUCCCUGCACCCCUUUUCCAUCAUCACCCAGUAACAUGUUCUCUCAGUCACCCAGCAGCAUCAGUUACCCCAACUCCCCAGGAAGUUCUUCUGGACCAGGAAGCCCAUAUCAACACACGGUUGAAACACCACCCCCACCUUACAAUGCAAGAGAAACACCAGGAAACCAAAAUGGACGAUCAAUGGAUUCAACACCUGACAAUCAGUUAGUGCUAUCAUUGCCCAAUGGAGAUUUUCGACCUGUUUGCUAUGAGGAACCCCAGCACUGGUGCUCAGUUGCCUACUAUGAACUCAACAACCGGGUAGGAGAGACUUUCCAGGCUUCUUCUCGGAGUAUUCUUAUAGAUGGGUUCACAGAUCCUUCAAAUAACAGGAACAGAUUCUGUCUUGGACUGCUCUCCAAUGUCAACAGGAAUUCUACUAUAGAAAACACCAGGCGACACAUAGGAAAGGGUGUCCAUCUCUAUUAUGUUGGUGGUGAGGUGUAUGCAGAAUGCGUGAGUGACAGCAGCAUUUUUGUACAGAGCCGCAACUGUAAUUAUCAGCAUGGUUUCCACCCAGCCACUGUCUGCAAGAUUCCUAGCGGCUGCAGCCUCAAGAUUUUCAACAACCAGCUUUUUGCCCAGUUGCUUGCCCAGUCAGUCAACCAUGGCUUCGAGGUGGUAUAUGAGCUGACCAAGAUGUGCACUAUCCGAAUGAGCUUUGUUAAAGGCUGGGGAGCAGAAUAUCAUCGCCAGGACGUUACAAGCACUCCCUGCUGGAUUGAGAUUCAUCUGCACGGACCAUUGCAAUGGCUGGAUAAGGUGCUGACACAGAUGGGCUCACCUCAUAACCCUAUCUCCUCAGUCUCUUAAGAAUCAUCUCUAGUAUUAUGUAUAGGAUGGAUGCUAUUGCAGGCAGUGGCUUAUAGAAUCUCCGAUUUGCAAAGAAAAGAAGUUUCUAUAUGUAGAUGUAAAUAUAUAUACAUAUAGUCUACUUAUCCCUGUUGGGUUUUUUUUUCAAUGGUAUGUUUUGUGAUUUCUAGUUAACACGAUGCUAGUAUGACAAGGUUAGAAAUUCAAGGUUAGCACAUGUGUUCUUUCUCCUGGAAAGAGCAAAAUGUUUCCUGUGAGCAUCUUCACUUUCCAAACAAGUCUUUGCAAUGAUAAUUCUCUUACAACACAUGGAUUAAGACUCGCAGCUGCAGAGAACCAGCACCACAACUAUGCACCACUUACAUCCAUUUUAAAUUCUGGGGCUGUAAGCAGGUAAACUGGCCCACAGGAUUUGUGCAUACGGUGAAUUUCAGCUGGAGAGCUAAAGGAAUAAACAGCCGUUCCUGUCUGUCUCCCUAUUUGUGGCAUUCCUCAGGGUACAGUCUAGACUGUUGAACAGCUGGGUCCCCUCAGUUCUCAACCUAGGGUGCUUUUUACACUGCUUUUAUACAGAAGUCAGAAUUGGAUACGUAGAAAUAUAAGGGUACGUCUAGACUACAUGCC